AAUGUGAUGAGCGCAUGCGCAGUGGCGCACACUUAGGCUGGGCAAGGACAUUGGGAGAAAAGUGACAUUUGUGUAACGUGACAGUUCUUAUUCUUUAUAAAUCACACAGACAUUUGCGCUAAUCGGAUUCACACACACUCUCACAUCUCUGUCCCGUUAUCCGACGCAUCACUUCUUUUGAUCCGAUUCAUUAAUUCAGCCCUUUCUUGCCAGAUGUGAGGGGGUGACUUGAGGCCUCGACCGUAAAAGGGAGAAUUCCCUUCUUAUCCUCAUUGAGGUUGUGGAUAAUAAUGCCAUUGCACUGAGUCUGCAUUGAGGUUGCUAAAGCAUCCUGACGUGAAUGGCUGUGUGCCGAGGGGGAGUUUCUCUUUGGGUGGGGUGUGUCAAGAACCAUGGAGGCAGGCAACCAAUGAUAAAACAGUGCUGGAAUUUAUGUCAGACAACCGAGUUUCACCUUCAUGACAACGGAAGGAACCUGAGCAGUGCAUCGUGGGCCUUGGCUCCUCCAACCGGUCUUCGCUACCAGCCUGUCAAUCGCCCAUCGCUUUCCCAUCCAUUCCACCAUGCCUGUCAGCCAAACAGAGCUCCCAACCUGGAGGAUGAGGAGUGGGAGGAACCCAUCAGCCUGUGUGAUCUUCUCAAACCCGCUGAGACGGAUGAGCAGCACGUCAUGGUGGAAGUGCCCCUGCUCGGACAAACCAAACUGAGCGAGCUCCUGGCUUUGGGACCCAACGGAACCUUUGACUUGCUUUUUCCUUUAACCACUGUCGAUGGGAGGAGAGAGGAUGAUAUUAGCGUUACCGGAAAGGUAGGGACUUUGAACGAGCCGAGGGAGAGAGGAUCAUUCAGGAGUCUGUUUGAAAUGGAGGGAUGUCCCGCCCCGUUCAUUUUGGGAUCUCGUUUCUAUUGCUUCCACUGCCCUGAGAUGGAGUCUCACUUGGAGAUGGGAAACAAACAUGGAAACGUAGAGGAAGCGCAGAGGUUACAUUCAGCCCUCCGAGUUGUGCGUUGUAGCCCUGCUGAUAUGCAGGGCGUGGACAAAUACUCCAGCCAGGGAGAUAUGGAGAAUGAGGAAAAACUAGCCCAGAUGUUUGAGAAACUGAGGGUGGAGUUGCCAAAUUUCUUUGUGAAAAAUCACGACUACACCAUAUACUCUGAAGAUGUUUUGUUCAUCAAUGGUCUUCUGGACACCAAGACAAGGGGUCGUGUUGUGUACCAGCUGACUGUGACGCUUUGGCGACUGAUGUGUCUGUGCUACUAUGCGGAGGCUCAGCUUGAAGUGCUGAAGCUGACCAAGCAUCCCGAGGACGGCUCCAUCCAGGCUCGCUGGAGAGUCAAAGGCCUCCCCUUCCACUCCCUUCUGGUCUUCUUCUAUAAGAAAGACAAGAGCCAACUUUACAAAACAUACAAUGCAUUCUCCACUUUCUAUCUUGGCUCCGAUGGACGAAUACAUUGUCAUAAAGUUGAAAAGGUUAUGCAGGCUCGUCCCCCGUUGCUGCCCAAAGUCACCUCAGUGCUGGCGGGGGCUUUGGUGGCUCUGGGCAUUCAGGAACACCGGCCGGCCCUCAACCUGCUCCCACUCCUCCUGUCCUCCCUCCGACAAGCCCGAGCCUGAGCCGAAAACACGGACGGAGAAGGAACGCUCAGAAGAAUGUGUGUGCGGUCACAUGAUCGAGACUGAUAAAGAGCUUAAAGAGAAACUAAUGUUAUUGUGUGAGUCGAGUGAAUGAGACGUUGGUGACGUUUUUCUUUGGAAAAAUACCAAAAUGAACGAGUUAAAAAUGUCAGCUCAUAAAACAACAAAACAGCUCAUAAAACAAGUUUUGGAUUGUAAAUGAUGGAUUGUAAGAGGUCUUUUUAAUACACAUUGCACUAUUUGGAAGGAUAACCUGUUAGCCCUCAUCAUUUGAGCCACUUAAAGUGAUAGUUCACCCAAGAAUAAAAAUCGUGUCAUCAUUUACUCACCUUCAUGUUGUUUUAAACCUGUAUAAAUAUCUUUGUUAUGCUGACCAAAAAAGAAGAUUAAGCACACAGUUGACUUAUACUAUGGAAGUCAAUGGUAUUGUCAACUGUGUGAAACUCAUGCAGGUUUUAAACAACACAAGGGUUUAUAAAUGAUGACACAAUUUUCAUUUGUGGGUGAAUUAUCACUUUAAAAAUAUUUAUUUUUCUCAAUGCACAAUUAUGGUUGUUUUUUACACGCACACCUACUGUACAGAUAAAUAAAAUGAGCUUGCGACUCAUUGCUGAGUUAAGAUACGUAGAAGCAGAUCUGCUAAGACUGACAGUAUGUU